UAUGUUGACUCAUUUGUACUUUUUCGAUAAUAUGAGAGUAUUUGCUUAAAGGAUUUUAUUUUUUCUCUCAAUAUCAGAUUUUCUUUACUCAAUAGGAUUAUUAUUGUACGUAGAGCCUGCUUUUAGUGACUACAAUAAAUUUAGGUUUUGUAAUAAUAAAUGAUUUAGAUGUACUAUUUAAGGAGUAAUAACUUAAUUUGGAACAAUAAGUGCUUUUUUGUGGAGCACAUCAAUAGCAUAUUUGUUAUAUAUUUCAAUCAUUAAAGGAUAAUAAAGAAUUGCAAAAUUAGAAAGAUAUCAGAAGACAAUUUUCAUUUUUGGUAAGCAUAAAAAUAAAAGUAGGUUCUGCAAUUCCUUUAUUAAUGUCAAUUCCACCAUUAAUUUUUGAUUCUUAUGCUCCAAUUCCUUAAAAAGUACCAGUUACAUGUUCAAUCAGUUCAAAUGAUGAAAAUAAAUCAUUAGACUAAAAUCGUAAUCUAAGUUUGUAUUUAAAUCUAUUGUUGUUCUACAUACCAUUAAUAUUUGCAGUGGUAAUUUCAGUAUAUUUCAUUUUGAGAUCAUAUUUCAAAAUAAAAAAAAUAAAAAGUCAAUAUGAAUUGCUAACUAAAUAGAUAAAUAUUCAAUUAAUAUUUGCUAGGACCUUAAUAUUUUAUCCAUUUGGAUUGUGUAUUUGUUGGCUACCCUCAUUAAUUUUGUUUUUGAUAUUCACUUUUAAUAAUGAUUGGUUUUAAUAGAUUCAAAUAAAUUAUUUUAUAUAUGGAACAGGAAUAUAUUAAUAUAUUAGAGUAGUUUAAUAUGGUUUAAGUUUUUUAUAAGGAUUUUUUAACAGUUUAGUUUAUUUGGUUAAUAGUUAUUUAAUGAGAAAAAAACUUAAAACUUUAGAUAAAGUUUAAAUUGAUAGGAUCAAUAUAAAAAAUAUGAUGUCUAAUAAUUUUGAAGAUAGUAUAAGAAGUAGUUAGCUUAGUAAUGAUUUCGAAAAUCUUCAAGAUAUUUGA